GUAGGGUUUUCAUUCAUUCAUUAUAAAGGAAACACACCACACGCAGGCGCAGCAAUACAAGAGUAAGGCGAUUAAUUUAUCGAUGAAGAGUAAGGCGAGAGUGCAAUACAAGAGUCCUGAUUACAAGGCACCGAUGCAAUACAAGAGCAGUAGUAUUGAUUACAAGCCAUCUCCGAUCGUUGCCCUAGCUACAAGUCCUGAUGAUUCUAGAGUGGCCGCCGGUCAUGAAGACGGCUCGCUUGAGAUUUGGCUCGUCUCUCCUGGAGCCGUAGGCUGGCACUGUCAGCUGACGAUUUACGGAAGUCCUAAUUCGAGAGUUUCAUCGCUUGUUUGGUGUCACUCGAAUGGAUACUCUCUUGGACGCUUGUUUUCUUCUAGUAUUGACGGUUCAGUUUCCGAGUGGGACCUUUUCGAGUUGAGGCAGAGAAGUGAGAGUGACAAUGACAUUGAUUCGGUUGUGACAACGGAUGGAUCUAUUGUUGAAGAUGCAAAUGUAGCAAUGGCGUGUGAUGAUGGCUGUGUGCGAAUUUGCACUGUUUCUGAUGAGUUAAUUUACCACAAGUCAUUGCCAAGAGUCAGUGGGCGCACCUUGAGUGUGACUUGGAGUCAGGAUGCAGAUAAGAUUUUCUCAGGAAGCAGUGAUGGGUUAAUCAGAUGCUGGGAUUUUAAAACAGUUCGUGAGGUUUUUCGGAUAACUGUCGGACUUGGAGAAUUAGGCAGUGGACCUGAACUCUGCAUAUGGUCAUUGCUUUCCCUCAGGAGUGGUACCCUUGUCAGUGCUGAUAGCAAUGGUAGAGUUCAGUUCUGGGACAGUCAAAUGGGAACUCUUUUGCAGGCUCAUUCGCGUCACAAGGGUGAUGUGAAUGCGCUGUCUGCAGGUCCAAGUCAUAAUAUGGUCUUUUCAUGCUGGCUCGGAUGGUCAGGUGAUACUCUAUAAGCUCUCAAGAGAUGUAUCUGGAUCAACUGAUAAAAAGUCUUCUGUCAGAGUAAUUGAGAAGUGGGUAUAUGUUGGUUAUUCGAGAGCACAUACACACGAUGUGAGGGCCUUGACAGUUGCAGUUCCCAUAAGUAGAGAAGAUACGUUUCCUGAUGAAAAGGUAAAGAAGGAAAAGAGUGAUAGUGUUCCGAAGAAUGAGAAGGUAUAUAGGAAAAGGAAAGACCGUAAAAAGGUAAAGAAGGAAAAGAGUGAUAGUGUUCCGAAGAAUGAGAAGGUAUAUAGGAAAAGGAAGAAAGACCGCGUAAAGAAGCCCCAUGAUUUUAGUUUCCGCAAGUGGGGUCAUAUAGGUGUUCCCAUGCUUAUUUCAGCUGGUGAUGACACAAAGCUUUUUGCGUAUGCUGCAAAUGAGUUUAGGGUUUAGGGUUUAGGGUUUAGGCCACAGAGACCACCAAUGCAACUGGUACUGAAUACAGUUUUCAAUCAAUCUCCUUUGCUUAUGAUUCAGGCCUCCAAGUGGUUAGAUGUUUUUUGCGUCCAGUCAAAAACUGGUUCUCAUCCUGAUACGAGUUCUGACCCUUGUGCCGGCAUUGCAACCACAGACAUGGUAGUCAGGGUCAAGAGUAAGGCUUCUCAGAAAAUCAUUUGUAGCUCCAUGUCUAACUCAGGAGUGUUCUUUUCAUACUCAGAUGAAAAGAAACCUAGUCUCUUAAAACUAAAUAAAAUCGAAGCUCAAAAAAGUGCAUGGACUAUUGAAAAAAGGAAACUUCCGAAUCUGCCAUUUGCACAUUCCAUGUGUUUCACAUAUGAUUCUUCUUGGCUGAUGAUAGCAGGGAAUGACAGAAAGAUAUAUGUAAGAGUUCUAUUUGAAUGUCAAUUUGUAUCUCACUAUCACUCUCUUUUUAUAAUGUUUUUUAGG